AUGGCGAACCAGAAGCCCAUCAACGUCGGAAUCGUAGGGUACGGUAACUCAGCAAGGGUCUUCCACCUUCCUUACAUCACGCGUAACCCGGAUCUCAACGUCGUCGCGUUUGUCCAGCGCACACCUGCACCUAAAGCAGGUGACAAGAGCAUCCGUCACUGCACCGUCGACUACCCCACUGCCAAGCACUACACUACUGUUGCAGACUUUCUCAAGGACGCAGACGUAGACCUGGUUCUUGUGCUUACUGGGCACGGCGCCCAUGCGGAGGUCGCAGAGCAGGCGCUCCUGGCGGGCAAGCACGUGGUCGUCGAGAAGCCGUUUGUCAUCAGCUCCGCCGAGGCUGAGACUGUGCUGGCAGCACGGGACAAGAGUGGAAAGAUCCUCAGUGUCUUCCAAAACCGUCGGUACGACUCGGACUUUCAAACGCUCCUCGAUCUCACUCAGCGAAAUGCGUUCGGCACAAUCACCGAGGCUGAGAUCCACUAUGACCUGAAUCUCCCUGGCUGGAUGAGUGGGAUGACCAGCCCCGGUUGGAAGCCUGGAGAGGGUAUGAACUUUGGCAUUGGCUGUCACUCUCUCGACCAAGCUCUCAGGCUGUUUGGCCGCCCCAAGAGCGUGACUGCCUUUUACCGCACGUUGCGCGGUGUCGAGUCCGAGGCCGAAGACUCGUUCACCAUGACUUUCCAGUAUGCCGACUCGCCCCUCCUCGUACAUGUCAAAACACACGUCGCGAGCACGAUGCGGUACCCACUCAAGUACUUUGUGCGGGGCUACGACGGGACCUUUAUCAAGCAUGGCACCGACCAACAAGAAGACCAGACCAACGCGGGAUUGACACCUGCGAGCCCCGGGUUUGGCGUCGAGCCCGAGGACAUGUAUGGCGAGCUCACCACCAAGACCCAGGUGCUCGAUUCGCAAGUUCAGGUCGGUAACCUCUGGAUCGGCAAAGUCAAGAGCCACGUCGGCGACUAUGGCCGUUACUACGCCGAUGUGGUCAAGGCGCUUCGUGGAACUGGACCCUUGGUUGUCGACCCGGCCAUGUCGGCCGAUGGCAUCCGGAUCAUUGAGCUAGCGAGGGAGAGCGCGUACAAGGGUGUCACUCUGCCGUUCUGA